UACACCGGUAGCCUACGAAACGCCGCCACAUUGGAAUACCAGGAGGAGAGUUGUGCGUGUUCGCACAACGUGGAACCACCGCCACCAUCGUGCUGCAGAGUAAUGGUCACCAAAAUAUGGAGCAGCUGCAUGCCCAAACCGAGCAGCUCACCGAACCGCGUCGAACGGCAUCACUUCUAUCUGUGUCAGUGGCAAAGCAGCACCCAGGUCGGUAUAUGCUACCUGCUGUACCGGUUGAUAGUGGCCAUCGUGUUUCUGGCGAUGCUCGUAUGCUCCGUGCUGGACAUUGGCCGUUCCGAGCCGAUGUUCGAACAUCACUACGCCAAAUGGUGGAUCUACCUGACACACUGGGCACUGAUAGCGUGCACCGUACAGGCCUGGCUGGCGGCCAUCAUCGUCACCAAGGGUCUGAUGAUUGACCGGAAUGAGUUCGAGUGGAAUAUUCAUGUCGCAAGGGAAAGCCGACUACAUUCGGUGUACUGGAUUGCGUACACGAUUGCUACCGUCUACUCGUUCAUCGUCACCAUCGUUUACUGGAUGUUCGUGUACGAUCCAAGUAAAAACCGUGUCGAUGCCGUUAAUCUCAUGGUGCACGUGCUCAACUCCAUCAUUAUGCUAAUUGACCUAACCAUCGUCGGACAUCCGAUCAAGCUCAACCAUGCGUACUGGACGACCGGUAUCGGGGUGGCCUAUGCGCUGUUCUCCAUCGUCUAUUACUUGGCAGGCGGAACGGACAGACACAACGAUUCCAGCAUCUACAAAAUGCUCGACUGGACCAAGCCGGGCAAAUCGAUCGUCAUCUGUGCGCUCGGCAUCUUUGCCGUGUUUCUGAUGCACUUCCUCUGCUACUGCCUGUACUGUCUCCGGGUGUGGCUGUACGCGCGCGUCUGCGUCCAGGGCAACAACAGCAAAUCGAGCAGCCACGAGAAGAUCACCUCCAUCACGCGAACACUCUCCUCGAUGGAGGAAGCACAGCGGGAAAACUUCCUCAACCCGACCGCCGUGGUCGAUCUGAAAGAGUCGCGCCAUGAUGGACGUGGCUCGCGCCAGGUGGCCUCCCUACGCUAGUGCACUUUGCUCGACCAAUAUUUCCACACAGAGUUAACAGCGAUCCGUACGGCG